AUGGCUGGCUAUCCCCAAGUCGAGCGCCGCGUCUCCGCGCGGCUCCCCUCGCAAAGUCACCUGGCCCGCAAGCAGCGCGUCUCUGAGGACCAGCCAUGUCAGCCACGCCAGGGGAAGGCGCCGCUCCAAAAGAGUGCAUCCUUGCAAGCUGCCACCAGUCCCCUCAACAAGUCUCAUUCCGCAACCAAGUUGGAGAAGGCCACACCGGCUGGCGACGUGGGGACACCGGUGAAUCGCCGCCCCCAGAAGUUGGAAGAGCCUCAGAGGCCUCCCACCCCCAUGAACAAGUCUCAAUCUGCGGCCAAGUUGACCACACCGUCUGGCGAUGCGGGGACACCGGUGAACCGGCGCCCUCAAAAGUCGGAGGAUACUCACAAGCCCUCCAUGUCAACUCGUGGCCGCGGCUCUUCCCGGUCAUCCCCACAACUCACCCGACAGCACUCCGUUCCCGAGAACCUUCAUGAUGUGGCCGUGCGACUCAUGUCCCCGCGCCGCUGCCGCUCGAAGUCGCCGGAUGGUGUGUCUUACGCCCCUGUGCUGUCCGGCCGCGCCGAGAAGACGGAAGCUGCCAACAUCAAGGAGGUGCCAGAUGUACCGAUUGGCCCCGCCAGCACCAGCCGACCGAGCCUACAGCCGCGACAGGGCAACGUGGGCAAGCCAAGCCAAGGCGGGAGCCGGCGCUUUUCGGCCCUGAACAGCGCUUCGAAGGACUAUGGCUUCCAUUCGCGCUCGCAGUCUGUGACACCAGUCAAUGCCUCGAAGAACUUCUCGCUGAACCGUUUUACAGAGGCACAGAAGGAAACCUUUGCCCGGGCAGUCAGCGAGAUCCGGGCGGGCCGCAAGAGCAGUUGCUGGAUGUGGUUCGUGAUCCCAACGCCGCCGCACAUGGUCCACGGCGUGGAGAAGGGGAGCUCAGUGAACCGGAAGUUUGCCUUGAGGUCCGACGACGAGGCGAGGGCAUACCUGACCUACGAACACGAUGGCGUCAACUUGCGGCAGAACUACCUUGCGAUCAUGACGGCCGUGCGAGAUCAGCUUCGCUCUGGCAAGAGCAUUCCGUCGCUGAUGGGCCAGUUCGAUGCCCCCAAGCUUACCAGUUCGGUGCGGUUGUUCGAGAGAGUAACCCGUGGAUGUGACGAUGAGCUCCAUGCCAUCCUCAAGGAGGUAAUGACGACUGCUUCCGAAGCCUAG